AGGGUGUACAAGCGGGACCGCACGACCCGCUGCCCUCCAGCCCGGCUCGGAUUGGCUAACUGUUGGGAGGGACCUCCCAAGUGUUGGGAAUUCAGGGGGUGCCAGGAGGCGGAAGUGCUGCCUUCGAGGCCGCCCUAGGAAGGGCGGAAGUGGGCGGCGUGGGGGAAGUGGCUGCAGUGAGGACGGAAAGCGAGGUGGCGGGACCCGAGGCGAGGCUCUUUGCACGCUGGGCUGUGGCCCCGCCGGGCUGUGGUUAUGGAGCUCAGCGCCGAUUACCUCCGGGAGAAGCUGCGGCAGGACCUGGAGGCAGAGCAUGUGGAGGUGGAGGACACGACUCAGAACCGUUGCGCGACCAGCUUCCGAGUCCUGGUGGUGUCGGCUAAGUUCGAGGGAAAGCCACUGCUCCAGAGACACCGGCUGGUGAACGAGUGCUUAGCCGAAGAGCUCCCGCACAUCCAUGCCUUUGAGCAGAAAACUCUGACCCCAGAGCAGUGGACCCGACAGCGGCGUGAAUGAGGAGCCCAGGCCUGAACAGCCAUUAAAUUUUAAACCUGGCCCA